AUGAAACUAAUCGCGAACGCGCUCAUCCUUUUUACCGGCUUUGGAUGCAAAGCCAAUUGCACACAUAAUCCAGGCAUGGCCUAUUCAUUUGACAAUAUUGUACCGUCAGCCAAUCUCACUUGGACACCAUGUUUUGAUGACUUUACGUGCUCCAAACUAGAAGUUCCGUUGGAUUACUCAAACAAAAGUCUGGGCACGACGUCAAUUGCUUUCAUAAAGCUGGCUGGCAAGAAUGCCACUAUUGAGUCCCCAAGCAUCAUCAUCAACUCCGGCGGUCCGGGUGGUUCUGGAGUCGACCUCCUCCUCACAAAUCAGGCCCUCGCAAGUCAAAUGUUUGGGGAUCAAUACAAUGUCAUCUCCUAUGAUCCUCGCGGGGUAAACAAUAGCGGUCUAACCGUCGACUGCUUCUCGGGGAACACAGAAGCAAGAUUGGUCUUCAAUCGACUACACAGGACGGGCAGUACCAACGUAUCAUCAACCUCGUUUGAGGAACAGUACUAUUCAAGCUCCAUCUACGGAGACUGGUGCAACAAUGCCGUACAGAACGAGUCAACUCAUGGCUAUUAUGUGACUACACCGGCGGUCGCCCAGGAUUUGCUCACAUUUAUAGAAGCCGAGGCCGAGUUGGCAGGUCAGCCGCCAUCAGACGCCAAAUUGUGGUUUUAUGGCAUCAGUUACGGCACUGUCGUUGGCGCCACUUUCGCUUCCAUGUUUUCUGACAGAGUUGAGAGAAUGAUACUCGACGGUGUUUUGGACGCAGAGCAAUACUAUGAUAAUACCUGGAAGGAUAGCGUCGAUCAAAUGGAUGAGGCCAUGGAGAAAUUCUCAAGCCUAUGCCAUUCUGCAGGUCCUGGAAAGUGUUCUUUCUGGGGACCCACGCCAGCCAACAUCACAGCCAGAAUGAACAACAUUAUCCGCCAGCUUCAGAACCAUCCGGUCCCAAUAAGCGGAGUCCCAAGCCGAGAUACGCCGACGCUCGUCACUUAUUCAGAUCUGAAGGCUCUUUUUGUCACUACCAUCUACAAUCCACUAUUGUCCUUCCCAGGCAUGGCCGACAUCCUACACCAGGUUGAGCGCGGGAAUGUGUCCGCUCUUGCGGGUAUGUUUAGCGGGCAAGAUAUUACGUCCGACGCCGGCCGCAUUAUCCAGUGCACCGACUCAUAUCGGAGGAACAAGCUUGCUACCAUCGAAGAGUUCAAGAGCUACGCUGAGUACACGGUUUCGAAGAGCAAGUACAUCGGCGACAUCUGGCCAAUCGUCGUGGAAACAAUCUUGUGUACAUCAUUCCAACCACAGUUGCCUGAUAGCAUGGUGAUUAAAAAAUCUAACCGGCUUCUUCUUUACUCAGACCCAGUGAAUGGACUGGGCAAGCCUACCCCUUUCCCGAUUCUGGUUGCGAGUAAUACGAUCGACCCUAUAACGCCUUUAUCAUGGGCGCGCAGGACGUCUUCUCGAUUUCCCGGGUCUGUACUUCUACUGCAAGAAGGCAUUGGGGUAAGUCACUAUUGA